UUUGCGUCUGUGCCGACAUCGAGUCGCCGUCCAUUCGCGGCGUCUCUGCCUCUGUCACCACCACCGCCACCUCCGCUGCUGCUGCCGCUGCCACUUGCCGAGAGAAUGGCUUCACAGAUUGACUUGACGAACAUCAAACAGGAAUACGAAGAAGAUGCGAGCCUUGGGAUUUGGCCGGAUUUGAUGGUGAAGGAUGAAGACACUGAGGCUGCUGCUGUUCAGGAUUUGAAGAUGAUUAAACCAGAGGUGGCCAGUGAGAGGCCAGAGGAGACGGGGAGUCCCUACCGGGGUUGCCCGGCCACCGCCGAUCAGAACUUCAUCGAGGUGGAGUUGUCGGAGGAGGACGUUGGUAGCGAAGAAGACGAGGGAAGCAGCCCGGGGCUUCUGUGCGCAGACUGCGGGAGGGGCCUCGGCGGGCGACCGACGACGAGGGCGGGCCGAGGGAAACGACGCGUCGUCGGCCAGACGCUGCGACGCUGCACGCGCUGCGGGAAGAAACUCGGGGCCUGUGCCCCGGGCAGGAGGAAGCGCAGCAGGAAGAAGCCGUGCCUCGCUGGGGCACCUCCGGACGUUCCCGCGCCGGCGGCUAAGCCCGCCCGCCGUAGGGUCGUGGCGAAUGCGAGCGGCGAGAUGCCGCACGUGUGCAAGGAGUGCGGCAAGGGCUUCGUGCAGCUCUCCGUGCUGAAGAACCACUCGCGGACGCACACGGGCGAGAAACCGUUCGCGUGCGGCGAGUGCGGCAAGGCGUUCACGCAGCGCUCCAACCUGGCGACGCACUGCCGGGAGCACACGGGCGAGAAGCCGCACGCGUGCGCCGAGUGCGGCAAGCGGUUCUCGCACUUCUCCCAGCUGGACAAGCACUCGAGGACGCACACGGGCGAGAAGCCGUUUGUGUGCGGAGAGUGCGGUCGGGGAUUCACGCAGCGCUACAGCCUGGAGAUGCACCGCAAGACGCACACGGGCGAGAGGCCGCACGCGUGCGCCGAGUGCGGCAAGCGGUUCCCGGCGCGCGCCGACUUGAACAAGCACGCGCGGACGCACACGGGCGAGAGGCCGCACGCGUGCGCCGAGUGCGGCAAGGGCUUCCUGAAACCGUCGGACCUGAGGGCGCACGCGAGGACGCACACGGGCGAGAAGCCGUACGCGUGCGCCGAGUGCUCCAAGAGGUUCUCGAAGCGCUCCCACCUGGAGACGCACUCGCGGACGCACAGCGGCGAGAGAUCGUACGCGUGCAGGGAGUGCGGCGAGAGGUUCCCCCAGCUGUCCGACCUGAGGGCGCACGCAGCGUCGCACACGGGCGAGAAGCCGCACGUCUGCGCCGAGUGCGGCAAGGGCUUCUCCCAGCCGUCCGCCCUGAGCGCGCAUUCCAGGACGCACACGGGCGAGAGGGCGUUCAUGUGCGAGGAGUGCGGCAAGGGCUUCUCGUAUUCGUCCAACCUGAAGAAGCACUCGAGGAUACACACGGGCGAGAAGCCGUACGCGUGCGCAGAUUGCGGCAAGGCCUUCUCGCUGCGCUGCGCCCUCAACACGCACCGCAGGACCCACACGGGCGAGAGGUUCAUGUGCAGCGAGUGCGGCAAGGGCUUCCUCUACUCGUCCACCCUCAAGAAGCACGCGCGCACCCACACGGGCGAGCGGCCGCACGCCUGCGCCGAGUGCGGCAAACGCUUCGCGCAGCGCUUCGAUCUGGAGCGGCACGCGGGCACGCACACAGGCAAGAAGCCGCACGCCUGCGCCGAAUGCGGCAAGGCCUUCACGACGCGCAACUCUCUCGGCAAGCACUCCCGGAGGCACGCGGCCGGGAACGGGACCGGAAACGCGGCCGAGAACGCGGCCGAGAACGCGGCCGAGAACGCGGCCGAGAACGCGCCCCAUCGUGUCGUCGUCUUGUGCCGCAUCUCGUCGCUGCAAGCUGCUGAUGCGUGGAGCUUCGUAGGUGGAGGUGAAAUUCGCUCAAGACGAGAGAUGGAAUCAAUGGCGUUGCCAUUCAUCAAACAAGAAAAUGAAGACGACUUAAGUUUUGGGACGUUGCCAGCUUUGACAGUCAAAUAUGAAGAGGACGCCGAUGCUGCUUGGCACGUGAGCCUCGUUAAAGCUGAAGGAGUUGUUGAGAUGCCAGAGGAGACGGAGAGUUGCCAGGGAGAAUACCCGGCCACCGCAGACCGUAACUUCAUCGAGGUGGAAUUGUCAGAGGAGGACAUCAGUCAAGACGAGGGACGCGUGCCGGAGCUGCUGUGCGCAGACUGCGGGAGGGGCCUCGGCGGGCGACCGACGACGAGGGCGGGCCGAGGGAAACGACGCGUCGUCGUCGGCCAGAUGCUGCGACGCUGCACGCGCUGCGGAAAGAAGGUCGGGGACGGGAAGGAGCGUAGCAGGAAGAGGCCGUGCCUCAGCGGAACGCCUCGGAAGGCUCCCGCGCCGGCGGCUAAGUCGGGCCGCCACAAAGUGACGAACGCUAGCGGCGAGAAGCCGCACGUGUGCAAGCAGUGCGGCAAGGGCUUCGUGCAGCUCUGCAUUUUGAAGACUCACUCGCGGACGCACACGGGCGAGAAGCCGUUCGCGUGCGGCGAGUGCGGCAAGGCGUUCGCGCAGCGCUCCAACCUGGCGACGCACUGCCGGGAGCACACGGGCGAGAAGCCGCACGCGUGCGCCGAGUGCGGCAAGCGGUUCUCGCACUUCUCCCAGCUGGACAAGCACUCGAGGACGCACACGGGCGAGAGGCCGUUCGCGUGCCAGGAGUGCGGCAAGGGGUUCACGCAGAGUUACAGCCUGGAGAUGCACCGCAGGGCUCACACCGGGGAGAAGCCGCACGCUUGCGCCGAGUGCGGGAAGCGGUUCACGGCGCGCGCCGAGUUAAACAAGCACGCGCGGACGCACACCGGCGAGAAGCCGCACGCGUGCAAAGAGUGCGGCAAGGGCUUUUUGAAAUCGUCGGAUUUAAAGACGCAUCUGAGGACGCACACGGGCGAGAGGCCGCACGCCUGCGACGAGUGCGGGAAGGGGUUUUCGAAGCGUUCCCAUUUAGAGAUUCACUCGAGGACGCACACGGGCGAGAGGCCGUACGCGUGCGACGAGUGCGGGAAGAGGUUCUCCAACCGCUCGCAUUUGGUGACUCACUCGAGGACGCACACGGGCGAGAGGCCGCACGUGUGCAAGGAGUGCGGCAAGGGGUUUGUAGCGCGCACCGAUUUAAAUAAGCACUCCAGGACGCACACGGGCGCCAAGCCGCACGUGUGCGCCGAGUGCGGGAAGGGGUUUUCGCAGCGCUGCGCUUUGAGUACGCACUCGAGGACGCACACGGGCGUGAAGUCGUACGUGUGCGAGGAGUGCGGGAAGGAAUUUUCAUAUUCUUCCACUUUGAAGAAACACUCUAGGACGCACACGGGCGAGAAGCCGCACGUGUGCGGGGACUGCGGGAGGACCUUCGCUCAGCGGUCCGAUCUCGAGAGGCACGCGGGCACGCACGCUCGUCAAAAUUCGCGCGCGUGCACCAAAUGUAAAAUUCGGCACCCGUACCCAGCGUUCGCCGGGUGGGAAAAUCAGGCAAGGCGGGAGGCUCUGCACGGUGCUAGGCCUCGACACCCAACACGCCACUCUGAGAUGGCUUCACACCCCGAGUUGCCUUUCGUGAAGCAGGAAAAUAAAGAAGACAGCUUCGGCCUCGAGAUGUGGUCAGAUUUGACGGUGAAAUACGAAGAGGAGGACGUCGAUGAUGCUCAGGAUGUUAAGAUCAUUAAAACCGAGGGUCCCACUGUGAUGCCAAAGGAGACGGGGAGUUCCCACGGAUGUCCGGCCACUGCAGAUCGAAACUUCAUCGAGGUGGAAUUGUUGGCGGAGGACAUUGGUCACGACGAAGGACGAAUGACGGGGAUGCUGCCGUACGCCAAGUGGCGCGGACAGGAAGACCUCGGCAGGCGACGGGGAGCGACGGCGGACGAACCCGGAAGGACGACGCUCCAAGGCCCCGCGCUGCGCACCAACGUCAAGGGACGGGGCGGGCGGAAGCGGCGCCCGGGUGCGGAUGGGAGGCCGCGUGCGGCAUGCGACAAGCGUGGCGAGGGCUUCUCCCAGCACUCCAAAUUGAAGACACACGCCAGGACGCACACGGGCGAGCGGCCGUACGCGUGCGACGAGUGCGACAAAGGGUUCACCCAGCUCUCCAAAUUGGAGUUGCACUCCAGGACGCACACGGGCGAGCGGCCGUACGCGUGCGACGAGUGCGGCAAGAAGUUCACGCAGCGUUGCAACUUGGAGACGCACUCCAGGACGCACACGGGCGAGAGGCCGCACAUGUGCGACGAGUGCGGCAAGAGGUUCACGCAGCGCUCCAGCUUGGAGAUUCACUCGAGGAUGCACACGGGCGAGAGGCCGCACGUGUGCGGGGAGUGCGGCAAGGGAUUUGCGGCCCGCACCUACCUGAUCAGACACUCGCGGACGCACACGGGUGAGAGGCCGCACGCGUGCGCCGAGUGCGGGAAGGCAUUCGCGCAGCUUUCCGACUUGAAAACCCACUCGCGGACGCACACGGGCGAGAGGCCGCACACGUGCAAGGAGUGCGGCAAGAGGUUCACACAGCGCUCCAACUUGGAGACGCACUCCAGAACGCACACUGGCGAGCGGCCGCACGCGUGUGAAGACUGUGGGAAGAGGUUCACGCAACGCUCCAAUCUCGAAAUGCAUUCUAGAACGCACUGGCGAUGAUGCUGCGGCCCAUGAGAGGAUGUCACAGCAUUGGACAUGUAAGCCGGUUCGCCCUGUGCGAGAUGCCCUUUCUGGGGGUGCAAGACAUGGGCAGAUUUUGUUUGGACGGUAAAUCAUCGAAACAAAUUAAGCACGGGCACGUAGGUACAACUUCCACGUUGUACUAAUUACCUUGAUGUGGACCAAUCCGUUUUAAAGACGAUGCAUAUAUUAUCAGAGCAUAUUCUCUGCAUGUUCACAAGUACGUGUGGUUUAAUGCAGACAGGAUUCCUUGAAAACGGAUUCUGUUUGGUGUUUUAAAAUCUUAACACCUGUUUUAUUACCAGAAGGGGUAAACUCUAUUGUUAUACAACUGCCUUGUUUCAUGAAACCUACGUAUUUAUUAACAUAAAUGUUUUUUCUAUUGAGAACCAAAAGGGUGCAAGGCUGCAGUAAAGGUUAAGAACCAUUGAUCUAGAAGCAUUCAACAGCAUCCCAAAGCCGUGUGCGACUGUGCUACCCCGUGGCAGCCGUAUUACAAACCACUGCGUAUUCAUACUGGCGCUGUGACGUACCAUUCUCUCGAUUGCAUUACUAUAUCCAAAUCGCAAUCUGCGUUAUAUAAAAACAAAAAUGUGUUCCCUGUGUGACCCGUGCCCGUGCCCACUGUGCCUUGAUCUUUCCUGGCCAUGACCGUUAUCAAG